AUGUCUGCCCUUCGUGUCGCCGGGCGCCGCCUGCCUCGCGCGUGCAAGUUCUCUGCUGCGGUCACUGAGUCACCGCUGCAGCGCCGAUGGGCGUCAAAUGCCGCUCACGAUAUGAAGGCACAAGCACUGAAGGAGGCCGCGCUCCCUAAUCCUGAUCCUGCGCCUGAUUCCCUCACCAUGUCCUUUAUCCAAGAGCGCACACCCUACAUGGUCCCGACCUACGUUCGCCCGACACCGAUGAUGAUGAAGGGACAGGGUGUUUAUCUGUGGGACAUGGAGAAUCGGAGGUACUUGGAUUUCACGGCUGGAAUUGCGGUCAACUCCCUCGGCCAUUGUGACCAGGAGAUUGCACAGAUCAUUGCGGAACAGUCUGAGAUUCUCAUUCACGCCUCCAACCUCUACCACAAUCCUUGGACUGGUGCUCUGAGUCAGUCUUUGAUUAAACUGACCCACGAGUCGGGGGCGAUGCGCGAUGCAGCGCAGGUCUUCAUCUCUAACUCCGGCACCGAGGCCAACGAGGCCGCCAUCAAGUUUGCCCGCAAGGUUGGCCGGUCUCUGGACGAGUCAGGCGCCAAACACGAGUUUGUCUCGUUCCACAACUCCUUCCAUGGUCGCACCAUGGGCGCUUUGUCCGCGACCCCGAACCCGAAGUACCAGACUCCAUUCUCGCCCAUGGUGCCGGGGUUCAAGUACGGCAACUACAAUGAUAUCGAGCAGCUCCAGACCCUCAUUACGGACAAGACUUGCGGUGUGAUCAUCGAGCCGAUCCAGGGUGAAGGAGGUGUCAACGUGGCGACACCCGAGUUCCUCGUAGCUCUUCGCAGGCGCUGCGACGAGGUCGGGGCUGUCUUGAUCUUUGACGAGAUUCAGUGCGGAUUGUCCCGCACUGGCGCUUUCUGGGCUCACGCCCACCCGUCCCUGACUCCGGCUUCAGGACAGGCUGCGCACCCAGACAUCUUGACGAGUGCCAAGGCACUGGGCAACGGCAUUCCCAUCGGCGCAACCAUCAUCUCUGGCAAGACCGUUGCUCCACACAUCAAGACGGGCGACCACGGCACGACCUUUGGAGGAAACCCGCUGGCCUGCCGCGUGGCACACCACAUCGUGGAGCGGCUCUCGUCGCCGUCGCUGCAGGCUUCCGUCAAGGAAAAGUCAGCGCAGUUUAUGUCUGGAUUCCAGGUCCUGGAGAAGAAGUACCCGGAUCUCAUUCAAGAGAUUCGCGGCCGUGGCCUGAUUCUUGGCGCGCAGUUGUCUCCCGAGUAUGCCGACAAGGCCGGCGAUAUUGUCAACGCCGCCCGUGAGAGGGGUCUCUUGAUCAUCACGGCGGGCAGUGGGUGCAUUCGCUUCGUGCCUGCUUUGACUGUCACAGAGGAACAGAUCAAGACGGGUCUGGGCAUCUUGGACCAGGCCCUUGCCGCUGUUCUCCAGUCAUGA